AAAAGGUUUACCUUGUAUCUACCCACAGGCAGCCCUGCUCAAUGUUGUCUCGCGAGAUUCUUUUGCUGCUGCAGAGAAGGACAUUUUCCUGGCUUUAAUGGACUGGUGUAAACUCAAUCCAAAGGAGAAACAUGAGGAGAUUAUGAAGGCAGUCCGUCUACCCUUAAUGAGUUUAACAGAACUGCUGAAUAUUGUAAGGCCAGCAGGUCUGCUGUCCGCGGACACCAUUUUAGAUGCCAUCAAGAUUCGGUCAGAGAGUCGUGAUAUGGAGCUAAACUACAGGGGAAUGCUCAUUCCUGAAGAGAACAUUGCAGCAAUGAAAUACGGAGCCCAGGUUAUUGGAGGCGAGCUGAAAGCAGCGUUGCUUGAUGGCGACACGCAGAAUUACGAUCUUGACCAUGGCUUCUGCCGGCACCCAAUUGAUGAUGAAUGUAGGUCUGGGAUCGAGGUGAAAUUAGGCCAGGCAUCAAUCCUGAAUCACAUUCGCAUGCUGCUGUGGGACAGGGAUAGUCG